CACCCACUAAAAAGAGCCAACCAUGUAUUAUAAACACCUCCCAUCACUCACACACACACACCACAAUAUAUAAACCAUGGAAUGUAAUUUCUUUUGCAAAAUCUCAGCAGUGGGCUUUGAGAUCUCACACCGCCAAAAGUAUUAGCUGAGUAAAAGACUGACCAGAAACGGCAGGAAAAAGAAGAAGAAGAAGAAGAAGAAGAAGGGGAAAAAAAAACAAAAAAAAGCUCUCAAAGAAGAUGGUUUCUGGGAUUCUAACUCUAGCCCAAAUCUCAUAUUUAUGUAGUUCAACUUCCACAAUCGGCUCUGGGAGGCCUCCUAAGCUCCAUGGCCAGGCUCUUUCAUUUGGUGCACCUCGAAUUCUGUGCUCAUAUUCCAGCCCAGAUAUGCCUUUAACCUCUGAUAAACUUGAGAACAGUGCACCCAUGACGGGUGGUGCAUUUGAUUUCAAAAAGGCUACAAUAUCUCUUACUGAUGAACUGAUCUCUUCACCAAAGAAGGUGACGCUUCUACGGCAUGGACUUAGCUCUUGGAAUGAAGAAAGUAGAAUUCAGGGAAGCUCGAACCUGUCUGUCCUAACAGAAACCGGGAUAAGACAAGCUGAGAGAUGUAAAAGGGCAUUGGCAAAUAUACAUUUUGAUCAGUGUUUUUCAAGCCCGAUAUCUCGUGCAAAGUCCACCGCUGAAAUCGUAUGGCAAGGGAGAGAAGAGCCACUGGUUUUUAUCGAUUCACUGAAGGAGACGCAUUUGUUUCACCUUGAAGGCAUGAAAAAUGUGGAUGCCAAGCAGAUAUACCCAAAAGAGUACACAACAUGGAGAGAAGAUCCGGCUAGUUUUGAAGUGAAUGGCGUUUACCCGCUACAAAAAGUGUGGGGCACGGCAAAAGAGGCUUGGAAGGAAAUCCUGCUCACGCCUGGGGAGCAUUUUUUACUUGUCACUCAUAAAUCAAUUUUGAGGGCAUUGAUCUGCACAGCUUUAGGGCUUGGCCCAGAGAGGUUUCGUGCGACUGAUGUGAAUAAUGGCGGAAUAACUGUGUUCAACUUCAACAAAAGAGGAGAAGCAAUGCUUCAAUCUUUGAAUAUGACUUCCCACAUGUACAGUGAUCAUGUUUAUAUGUACUGACACGACAAAAUGUGGAUGUACCAUGUGGCGACGGAGAAAAGGCAACCUUGCCGGAAUCUAGCGGAGUUGAUCAUUGAGCAUUAUGAGGUUCAACUGCAAAUUUUUAACCUUUGAGUUGAGAAUAUUUGUGGUUUUUUCUUUUCUUUUCGAAGUGAGCUAUGAGAUUCCAGUUACAGCAUGCUAACAUUGUGGCAUAUAAAACCCAGAUAAGCAAGAACUUUGUCAUGACAUUCUUUUUGUUAUCUCAUUAUUCAUACCACAUUUGGGAAACAAUAGUGAU